ACCGUUUCACCUCUUUGCUGCUCAGUGUGUGAAAUGUUUAGUUAUUCCUCUGCCUCCUUUAGUGAAGACGGUAAGUGCUUAAAAUGUAGUUUAUUUACAGGGCUGGAGGCGAGGCUCAGUCAGUUAGAGGUCCGGUUCUGCCAAUUUGACCAUAGUCCGAUAGCCUCCUCAGCUAACCAGGCUAAGCUAGCGGCGGACCGGCCCAUAGCAGCUGAGGGUAGCCGCUCCCCUGCAGCUCCCGAGCAGCCGGCCAGUCAGGACCGGUGGGUGACGGUUCGGGGGAAGCGUAGUAAAGGGCUCACGGAACACCACCACCCGCUUCAUGUGUCUAACCGAUUUUCCCCACUCAGCGACACACCCGUGGAGAAGCCGACCCUGGUGAUUGGCGACUCCAUAGUCAGACAUGUGAAGCCGACUCCAGAGACCAUAGUUAGGUGUAUCCCGGGGGCCAGAGCGGGCGACAUAGAAGCAAAUUUGAAGCUACUGGCAAAGGGUAAUCGUAAAUAUGGUAAAGUUAUCAUCCAUGUCGGAGCUAACGACUCCCGUCUUCGCCAGUCGGAAGUAACCAGAAUGAAUAUUGUCUCGGUGUGUAACUUCGCUAAAACCAUGUCGGACUCCGUAGGUUUCUCUGGCCCCCUCCCCAAUCUGACCAGCGAUGACAUGUUUAGUCGCAUGCUCUCGCUCCGUCGCUGGUUGUAUCGGUGGUGUUCAGAAAACGACGUGGCCUUUAUUGACAAUUGGGAAACGUUCUGGGGAAAGCCCGGUCUGAUUAGAAGAGACGGCAUUCAUCCCACCCGGGAUGGUGCUGCUCUUGUCUCUAGUAAUUUGGCCUGUUUCAUUAGACCCUCUCCCUGA